AUGACUCACUACCCUGUCUACAUAAUCCGAACCCAUUUGGCAAUGCCAGGCCCCGACCUUCCUUCUCCGCGCUAUCACACUGCGAUCUUCGUUGAAACAGACCCAGUGACUGGCUCUGGAACCAUCCACGAAGUGACCGGGGAUAUCACCUCACCAGAGGGGAUGUACUACGAAUCUAAACUCGCCCCUCAACCAGAGUCCGUCGAGAACUUCUUUUCUCGAACACUGCUUGGUAUGACGGAUGCAGCACACUAUCCCAACUCUUGGGACAACGUUCUACGAGAGAUUCCAGCUCCCCCACAACAAAAGGCAUUCAACGUUAAACGAAUGAAGACUGAGCCUUUCAAGAGGCUGUCGCCUCUAGAGUUCUAUGAGGCCGGUGAGGAAAGACGACCGUUGGUGAAGUGCACUGAGUGGGUGGUUGACAAGGCGAUUCCGGCGCUGAGGAAGGCUGGCCUUUUGCAAUCAUCAAUUUCUGCAUGA